AUGGCUUUCCAGCAGCCGCAGCGGCCUCGACCAGCCCGCCAGUUCUCCGUCUCCGCACCCGUCGCCCAAGCCGUCGAAGCCGGACCCAGUCACGCAUCACCGCAGCGAAAGCGCACUCUCGAAGACUCCCAAGAAUGGAUCCUCUUCUCUCCCAUUGCCGCUCCCUCCACCACCCGCACCCGCACCACCUCCACCGAGCGCACACCCCGUACAGCAGGCCUGUCGCGGCUAAGUGACUUCGGCAGCUUGGAAACAGCUGCACGUUCAGACCAGUAUGAUAACGAGGACGAUGACCUCACAUGUCAGGGCACAGACCCGGAUGACGAGGGCGAGGAGCUGGACAGUCUGGACGAUGGCCUUCAUGCUUUCCAUGAGCCGUCCGAAUACAGCGGGCACUCAAGGAGGCUGAUGGAGCAGAGUGGAGAUACGGUACUGCCCACACAUGACGGCUUGGGGUCGUUUCCGGCCAACACGGCGGCAAUGCAGGAGCAGAUGUGGCAGUUUGAGCGACAUGGCUCGCGGCGAGUAAGGCGCAGGCGGCGGUCCAGCGUGCAGCGGAGGCUCGAUGCGCUUGAGGAGGCGGAAGAAUUCGACGAGCAAGACGAAAGGAUGCAGAGGAUUGAAAGGUGGAGGGUUGAGCAAAGCAAGGCGCUGCUGGAGGAGAUUGAGCGGGAGACGAGGAGGAUGAGGAGGAUGAGCAGGGUCAGCGCUGGAAGGAGUAGGGUGGACAGUGUGCAUCCGGGGAUACAGGAUGCAGCAAGCCCAAAGACCAACCCUGCUGCCGCGAAAGCUGCAGAAACACAGACGACAGACCAAGCGGUGGAAAGCGAAUCUUUCCUGCAGCGCUUCACGCGGAGGGUCAUACGGGAUCUCAUCGGCAUCGACGAAACCCUGCUUUCCGUCAUCUUCGGCGAAGCAUUACCAGCUGAAGCGCAGCCUCCAUCAGCAGCCCCGCUUGAUUCAGGAACAGCGGAGACGAGCAGUCGACCUGACCAAAAUCCUGCAAUCCACCCCGGGCAAUCCUGGGAACACCGCCUGCUGGAGCGUAUAGCACGCGAACUCGGCAUCCUAGUGCACCAGCUGUCUGAGCAUCCUGGGGCCUUCACGACCUACCUCCGCGCCCAGGAGCCAGCGCCCUACGCCGGCCUUCCAGCCGCAAAUGCCACAACCUCAGACAUUGCCUCCAACGCCCCGUCCUCAGCACCAAUCUACCCGUCCAUGUCCGCAAGCGGCGGCCUUUUCGCGCCCACGCUCCAGAAUCAGCCGGUACCCAGCUACAGCGACGCCUCCCUGUGGGGCAUCGAAGAAGAGCCCACCGCCGCCACCGCCGCCAGCACCAGCUACCCUCAACCCGCCAACUCACAAGCCGCAGCCGACACCGCAGCCCGCGAGUACUGGGAGCGCGAACUGGACGUCAAAAUGGUCUUCUCCUUCCUCGCACCAUACAGCUCCCGCUCCCUCCCCACCGCCCCGGCCCCACCGGCCCCAUCUCCCUCGCCCACCGCCCUCCCGUCCACGACCCCGGCCCUCGCGGCCCGCCGCGCAGCCCUGAUAAAGCAGACCCACCCCCUGGCGCCCCGCGCGACUGAACACGCCGCCGCGGCCGCGGGCCGCAGGCGGGAUUUGGGCCACAGACACCACUUCCACCACCAGCAACAUGCGGCGGCGGCGGCGGUGCUGCGGAGUCGACUCGUGGGUGGGGGCAGCAGUAGCUGUGCGAGCCGCAGCACGAAGAAGAGCAGGAAGAGCGGGAGCAGUAGGAACUAUUGGGAUUUGGGCGGCAGUGUGGGGAGUGGGCCUGCGGGCGGGGUGGGGGUGUGGGGGGAGGCGUGA